AUGGUUAUCAAUGGAUCAAUCCAAACAAUUUCCAACAAAGCAGAAUACGGAUACUCAAGCAACCGCCCGGCCUCCUUUUUUACUUCACCAACAACACUACUGACUCAAGCGAAGUCAAUUUUGACUGUUGUAAACCCAUUUGCUGUUGAGUCACGGCCUCUCCGCAGACGUGCUGGACAGAGAAAUGAUGACCUGAUCGAUAUCUCUAUGCGGCAGAUGCCCACCAAAACAGCAUUGCCUGGCCGUGGAAGAUGGACGGAACUGUUGAUCAGUACCUUGAAGACUUUUCUAGAGAUUUUUUGGAACCCAUUCUUGGUGCCACUCUGCUUCGUCCUUGCAUUGUGGUAUUUGAUCUCGUCGUUCAGGGCUUCCUUAACGGAGACCGUUGAUGCAGCUCAAAGUGCAGGGACAGCUAUCGGCCACUGCUUCAGCUUCACGUGGCAAUAUGCAGGUGCUUGGAUGCAGUCAAUUUGGAACACCGCCAGUCCUCCAGUCUAUCAGUUGCUCUCAAUUGGCACUGAUGUGACCAUCAGCGCGACGAACGAAACCACUGUCGCAAUAUGCUCGCACUAUUUCGCUUGGCUGAUACUUACAAAUCUAGGUCUCGAUUGCCCGUUUUCAGUGCCAUAUCAGCCGCUCGACGGUAGUGUUGGUAGUACUUUGAACAAUACUACUCUGGGUCUUGCUCAGAUCGCGAACACAGCUGUGGAAUUGUUGCCAUAUGGACACCAGCUGACCUGGUCUGAGCUCUGGUUGCGAGACAUAUCCUUCACAAUUUUGGAAAGUGACAUGAUCAACAAGAUCGAACUUGCUGAGUUUUAUGCGGACUACACGAACUAUAUCGCAGCUACUGGGCAAGAACUUAGCGCCUUUGCCAGCCUGACUGAUUCGCAUCUGAGCUUCCAGAAAUACAACCUGAAAUUCUUACAAGUCCAGAUCGAGAGCGAUAAUGAACGAAGCUGGUGGCUCAGGCUGUUUUUCCCAAAAGAGGCGUACAUCCGAAGUGAAUAUCUCGAAUUCAUUCAAGCCGCAGACGACGACCUUUUAUUAUUGUUGAAAGAGGGCAACCUAUGUAUCGAGCUCAUUCGUCGAUGCCAAGAGACAAAUGAUCGGGUUCAACAGAUUCUGCAACGCAACAGACAUGCCAUCUCAAAGCAAGUUGAUAAAAGAGGCAUUCUCUUGCGCCGGUUAGGGAGAAAUGAGGACUUGACUCGAAAAACGAUUACGAUCGACAAUAUGGAGGAAUAUCAUGGUCCAGUCCUUGACUUGCUAGGUUCCAUUCUCGAUAAGGUGGCGCAGGUUCGAGCAGAGCUGUCGACGCUGAGUACUGCUCUGAGGAGAGGUCAUGUCGGAGCAACCUCACCCCAGCUUAUGGUUCAGAUGCAGAUCAUCUCGGCCAGCAUGAAGCGUCUUCAGGAUGCUCGAGAUUACGUGCGUGAAGGUAGGCAAAAGGCAGAGGCUCGUCACGAGCAGCAGUUUAAGGGCAAGAUGCUCCUGUACAGGCCUCUGUACCAGCCGCAAUCUCAUGCAGACAAGUCAGGAACACCGGCCAGCUAUGUAAGUGUCUUAGAAAAUCUCGCAACGGGCCUCGGGCCGACUGAGGCAAGUACGGUGGUCGAAGUGCAUAGAAGGACCGAUUGA